GUCUCGUUGAAUUUGAGCCGUUCAUAUUUUAAGGAAUAUAAGAAACGUACGAAGAGUCAAGAGCCUAGAGACAUCGAUCGUUAUCUGUUUAACAAGACAAAAAAAAACAGAAAAACUUUGUUUGAAGAAAACAGAGGAAGAGCGUUGAAGAUGGAGGCACUUGCAGGGCUUCUGAGAAUCCGAGUGAAGAAAGGGAUCAAUCUCGCUAGACGUGACUCUCUAAGCAGCGACCCUUUUGUCGUCAUAACCAUGGGAACACAGAAACUGAAGGGUCGUACUGUGGAGAACAACUGCAACCCUGAGUGGAACGAGGAGUUGACACUUGCCAUCAAACAUCCCAAUGAACCUGUGAUUCUGGUUGUGUAUGAUAAAGAUACAUUCACAUCGCACGACAAGAUGGGAGACGCGCAGAUCGAUAUCAAGCCGUUCCUAGAGGUUCAUAAACUUGGUUUGCAAGAACUUCCAGAUGGAACAGUGAUCAAGAGGGUUUUGCCAACCAAAGAAAACUGCUUGGCUGAAGAGAGUAGAAUCGUCUACCAUAAUGGCAAGAUCGUUCAGGACAUGAUUCUUGUUUUGAGGAAUGUCGAGUGCGGUGAAGUCGAGAUUCAGCUUGAAUGGAUUGAAAUUCCAGGGGGUAUAGGACUCUGAGAAACACAGUUGAAAUGAUUUGAAUAUUCCUAUAUCUGUGUGUGUUUGUGUGUUUGUAAUAAAAGCCACGUGUUCUGGAAUAAAACCACACUUUGUUUUGUUUGUAGCAUAUGAAUAUUAGCUCAUGCACAAGAAUA